GUCAUUGAUUAUUGUCACCCAGUGUUACAGUGUGUUUCCUUGUGUUGCAUUGUUUCAGUGUGUUGUCUUGUUGCCAGCCUACUCGCCGUGUCUCCCUGUUUCCCUGCUUAUUUUGGAUUUGGGAUUCUGGAUUUCUCGUUUGGAUUACUUUGUUUGGACUCUGUUCGAUCAGCCACUCUUCCUGGUUGACUCAUAGACAGCGUUCUGCGAUCCACACAGCCUCAUGAACGUGACUCUGUGGGUUCAGAACAAUCAGUGGAUCCUCACCAUGAAGACUGUCCUGGUCGGUUGCAUUUUCCUCUGUGCUGCAUUUGCAGCUCCCGCUGAAGACAAAGAAAAAAAUCCAGAGAUGGUCGAGAAGAUGCCAAAAGAAGAGGAAGCAUUUGUGCCUGUUUCCAGAACUGCACAUACAUUUGAUGAGGGAGCAGCACCUGAGUCUCGUUUUAACUUCUGUCCAGACGGCUGGUUCAGCCAUGGCUCUCGGUGCUUCAUGUUCAUCAAUACACCCAUGUCCUGGUACAGUGCUGAGGAGCACUGCAACAGCCUGGGUGCCCACCUGGCCUCGGUCACCAACCCCAGAGAGCAUAGCUUCCUUCAGCAAAUCACACAGACAGCCGGUCAGAGCAUCGCAUGGCUGGGAGGCUUCAACCUACAGGGACGGUGGAUGUGGAUUGACCGUGAGGGUUUCUAUUACACCAACUGGUACUCCCCCUCCUCCUCCAGCAGCUACCCCUGCAUCUACUUACGCACCACCAAUGGUUGGGGUAACACCCAGUGUGGCUCAGCUUAUCGCUUCAUCUGUUCCAAGAACCCGUUCAGCUGUUAAAAUACAUACUGAACAUCUGGAACCUUGGGAUGUAUCAGCUGGGAUACUGUUUCUUUUUAAAGCCAAUUCAUGAAUAGUUGUGUGUCUUACAAUUUCCUCUUGUGUAUUCUUGAAAGAGUUAAGUAACUUUUAUGUAAAAGCAUUUCUGUUUGUAAUUGUUGAGAAAGGUUCUUUUUAAUAAUAAAGACUUGGAUACAAAGAAGACUGGAA